AGCUCGGUGGUGUUGAAGAACUGCUGCUUAAACUCGUGCCUGGUGAUUAAUCUGGAGCAGUGGCUCUAGGAAGAUGUCCUUUUCUCUGAACAUGUCCCAGAAGGAUCCCUGCCAGAAACAAGCCUGUGAAAUACAGAAAUGCUUGCAAGCGAACAACUACAUGGAGUCUAAGUGUGAAGCUGUGCUUCGAGAGAUGAGGAGGUGCUGUGCCCGGUACCCCGAGGGCAGAUCCAUCUGUUGUUCAGGUUUUGAGAAAGAAGAGAGAGAAAAGCGUAAAGCUACUUCAGGAGGAAUUCCCCCACCACCUCAGUAACACAAAGCAGCUCCAGCAGGUGCCAGAGCACGGACUCACCUACGGAGCCCAGGUGUGUGUUUGUGAGCCUUCUCUAGACUUUCUGGAAAGCCAGAGGGCUCCUAGAACACACCACCCCGCGCACCAAAAAGCAGUACCAAGAGAUGGCCUGGUUGACAGACUUCAUUUUCUGUACCAAAACAUCAUCUACAUUGUCCUCGCGUUGCAUCCGUACCUGUGAAAAAUCAAUCUGAUGCGUUUAGAAUGCUUACCUUACUCUGACCCAUCCCUGCUCUCAAAAUGGAGGGCUGGAACCAAGUUACUGUGGCUUCUGGAGGGGGAGGUACAGGAAAUGUGCUCUUAAGAAUGAGUGUAAGUGUGACACAUGAAAACAAAGCCCAUUUUGACACAGCAAAGGUGUUGCUGCCGUCGGGCAGCAGCUCCAGGCAACAUUCACCUGUCCAGGGGUUCAAGCUCAAGAAUGGGAAUCAGGUCUGGGGUUUGGUCCCAGGUCUUGCAUAGCUCACGGUGACCAGGCGUCACUCUGCCUAAGUGCCUCACUUUCCCCCUGGACAGAGUUUAGAUGACUUUCUAUUUGAAUUGCCUACACGCUGCUAUUUGCAUGACAAUGAAGACGUUACAGGAACAUUAUUUCAGGGAUUGCUACAGGAAUAGGAUCUUUUUUUUUAAAGAAAAAGAAAAAAGAAAAAGCAAUAUUCAUUUGGAAAUCCUGACUGUUGAUAUAAAAUUUAUAAAUUUCUGUAUAAUUGAAGACCUUUAAGCAAUACGUUACCAAUCCAGCAUAUCUGGCUGUGCUGGAACCCAGAGGCCUAUCACAAAGCCCUGGGCUAGAUCCAAGAACCGAUUUAGGUGCCACUUCUGAACACACAGUUGUAGGCACCCUCUGUCAGUACAGCACUUCAGACUCACACACAACCCGAUCCGUCUGCGUCUGGACCCCAGGGAGAGAUGGCUCUUCAGAAACUCUCACCUGCGCAGCAGAAUUUCCUGUGACCUGUAGGAAGAGCUCAGUAGUCAGGUUCCUGCAUCACCCUUCAGAGCUGCCUCUGUCUCUCCGUCCACUGUAGCAGGAGUCCAGGCACCUCAGUGGGUGCCAAGUCCAUUGCAGGGCCCAGGCACCACAAUACCAGACUUCGAACCCACUAGGCUCCUAACUCUGUCAUUAGAUCUAGCCGUAAAGGACUUUUGUGCUGUGAUAAUUAACUACAAAAUACAGCUUCUAUAAACAGACCACUGUAGUCUAGGCACAAUAGUUGAGUGUAUUGAAGCCUAGAACGGCAAACCAUCUGUACCUGCUGCUCUGAAAUACCAUAACACAAAAUAAAUGACUGGAACAAACUGCAGUCUGUGUGGUUGUUUACUGAGAGCAGCUGUAAGCUGGGCUGCUUGGCUACGUGUGAUAUCAUCAGGUUGAAAUAGAAGCUGCUUGGUAUUUUUAUAACUGGGACUCGGGCUCAGAUUAAUUCAGGGCCUACCCUGCCCUCCCACCCACAAAUGACAAUGACAGAACAGGGGUGAUGGGGCAGGAGGUGCUUGGAAAGCAGAGGCAAAGGAUGACAACGAUGAGAAGCAGCUCAAACACUUCACUAGUGGCUCAUUUUUCCCUCCUGCCCUAGGAGCAGCAGGAAGAAAAUCAUUGACUGUACAUCAAAUAGUUGUUCAGGCUUCUGUUGCACCCACUGAAAGGAAAC